AUGCCAGGCAAAACGACGUCUACUCCGCGCAUCACCAAAUUCACCAACUGUCGCAUCGUCAAGGGUUCUGAGCUUGUUGAACAGGAUGUCUGGAUCGAUUCGCUGUCAGGCAAGAUUCUCAAAGAUCAGGAGGCUUUCUACGGAUUACAUCUUUCGCCAGAUGAGGUCAUCGACCUCGGCGGGCGUAUUCUCGCUCCAGGAUUGAUCGAUGUCCAGCUGAACGGCGCUCAGGGUUUUGACUUCUCUGUACCUCAAGCGUCCAAGGAAGAAUAUGAUGAGGGUUUGCGCCUGGUGAACAAGGGUCUUGCCAGGACCGGUGUGACUUCAUAUUUGCCGACUGUUGUCAGCUCAACCCCAGAGGUUUACUGGAAAGUAUUGCCCUCUUUGGGCCCUUCGGGCAGCCACCAUCGUCCUGAGGACGGCGCGGAAUCGUUAGGAGCCCAUAUAGAAGGACCUUUCAUUAACCCUAACCGCAAUGGCAUUCACAAGACCGAAGUGCUUCGUGCUGCCCGGAAUUUCGAAGAUCUAGAGGAGUGUUAUGGGAAGGAUAAUCUCACCGGAAGCUCCAAGUCAGUCAAGAUGAUUACAGUCGCCCCUGAGGUGGGAAACAUGAUAUCGACCAUCCCCUCAUUGACCUCCGCCGGAAUCGUCUGCUCGGUCGGUCACUCGGAUGCGACAUACGAACAAGCGCUCUCAGCGACCACAGCGGGAGCUACAAUGGUCACGCAUAUGUUCAAUGCGAUGCGUCCCUUCUACCACCGGAACCCCGGCAUUUUCGGACUGCUGGGCCAGAGCGAACACUGCAGGCCCUUCUACGGCAUCAUCGCCGACGGUAUCCAUCUCCACCCGACCUCGAUCAAGAUCGCAUACAACGCCCAUCCGGACGGGUUAGUCCUCGUGACCGAUGCAAUGAAGCUCUGCGGCCUUCCCGACGGUGUCUAUGACUGGACGAACGGCGAGCGCAUCGUUAAGACGGGAGCCCGGUUGACUCUGGAGGGAUCCGACAAGAUCGCAGGUAGUUCUGCCACCCUGAUCGAGUGCAUCAACAACUUCCGGCGUUGGUCUGGCGCCUCUAUAGCCGAUGCCAUUAACGCUGCCACGGCGACUCCGGCGCGCUUACUGGGGUUACAAGGCGUCAAGGGUUCCCUAGACAGCGGUGCAGAUGCGGACCUCGUCGUGCUGAGCGAGGAGGAUGACCCCUACUCGCCCACACUAACUGUCUGCCAGGUGUGGAAACGGGGAGUCAAGAUCCAUGACACUGAUAAGGGAGUAACGUCUAUGACUACAGUAUGA